AUGUCAACCUUCGCCAGGAGCACCUCCUCGGGGCUGUGCCCCAGCAUCUCUGUUCGCCCGCGUACGGUCCCGGUCAUCCCUCGUCGCCGUAAGGCUUCCGAACUCGACGACGUCGAAGACGAAUCCAUCCACCCCGCCAAGAGGUUCAAGCAGUCUCACGGUCCCGAGCAGGCGAGUGCAUCGUUGCGACAACUCGGGAUCUUGCUCACUAGUUUUCAGAUCAACCAGCAUCUCUCCAAGAUAUCUCUGACUCGUACGGGCAAGAAGCGUGUUCGCGACAAAGGAAAGGCUGUCGAGCGGCGGAAGCGUUACAUCAAGUCUCUGCGCAACAUCCCAGCCCAGCCCGACAACAUCGGAGGUGCUCAAUACGCAUUCACCUUCGUCCUAACGUCCUUCGCGCCCUGCCUCGACGCCAUGGAGGACAUCGAAGUGUCCCUACCAGCCAUGGACAUCGACCUCGUCAGCCAGACCCCCGCCGUCUCCCUGCAGCACCGGCCUGUCCCGAUGUCAAUCGACGGUCCACAGGCUGUGGGCUCGACUGAACUAUCGCCCUCAAUCUCCAACCUCUACACGGAGAUGGAGAUCGUGUCAGAGCACGCCCUCGCUCUCGACGCUGUAGCAGGUUCAUCCGGAGAUGAAGACCAGGUCAUGGCCGACACUUUUCAGGUCACAGUCCCCAACGUCCAGAACUUCAUCUCACGCUUCCUUGCUCGCGCUGCCGCUACGGCGGCGGCGGUUCCUCGCCAGGCGACCAAGUUCAAGACGACCCAGCCCAAGGGUGCCAUCCGCGGCGUUGGGAAGACCUCGUCCCGCAAGAUCCAUGCGGCUGCAACCCCGUACGCUAGGACAGGGAGGCGCCAAACCUUGACGACCACCACGCACUCCAGCAGGUCCCGGAAUGCGCAGGAUAACCUACUCCAUCACCUGGCUGCCACCACCUCCCCAGUCAUCGUGGAGGACGCCGUUCAUGACAUCGCCUUGGAGUUCCUGGAGGGAUCUCCUGCUCCUGUCAACGAGAAAGACUUGGAAGAGCUUCUGGCCGAUACCAAGGGCACAAGUGAGACCCAGCAAAUUGAUGUACUUUGCGACGCAUUCGAAAAAUUGGAUCACGAGACCGCACGCACGAGCCUCCCGCCAUCGCCAGUGUUAACAUCGCCGCAGCUCCUCUCGGCGACUUCGGUAUCCCACAACUGCGAUGACGACACGUGUAUUGCCAGCCUUCUUCUCACCGCCGACAUCGCCCAAGCACCCAACUCGCCGCCGUCCCUAUACCAUGCGGACAGCGAGGACUCGUCGGCAUACGCUUCCGAGAUCGAUGAGUGCUACGGUGUCGAGUCCGUGUCGUACAACGCAGUAGCAGAUCCCGCCGCCUGGUUGCUCCGAGACGCACCCGUCCCUCCGGACCUGGAGGAGGAAGUAGCAGUAGUAAUACCAGUCGAGGAGACGGCCGAGACGAAGGACAUCCAAGUAGUCGCCGAUCCUUGCUUAGGAUCCCUCUUCGCCCACCUCGACAAGUGGUCUUGUGAAGACAGCCCCUGCGUUCUUCCGACGACCUCUCAUGCGGACGUCCUCGUGUCCUCCGGGCCCGAUGUUAUGGACGACUCGGUCUCACCUUCCGCUUCUUUUGGCGACGCUCAAAUGACUUACGACGCCUCCUACACCGACUUUAUGGACGGCAUCGCCCAUCACACAUACUACUCUGCGCCUCCGUCACCUGCCCUUCCUGCGUCCGGCCCCAUGGCCGACAUCGACUACGCGUUUCCAAGCCACCCACCCACAGCAAUCUCUAACUACGGCAUCAAGACUCCACCCGGCUCGCCCGUCGAAUCUCCCUGGACUUUGUCUUUCUUCGUACCGACCUCUCCGUGCGCCGCCGCCGACUCCGUUAUACUUGGCAAUGUCCCCUACCCGAACUCUUCCAUGGAUCUCGACACCACUUCUGCUUCUCACAACGCCCUCGCCUCCGGUCUUGACUAUGACACUGCCGACACUACGUCCGCUCAACAACCUAUCUGCGCAACCCGACUCUCUGGCGGUAACUCCGGGCUGGCGAUGCUCGAAGACGCGCCCUCCGUGGAUCGCAUGGACUUCGCCACUUCUCGGGUGCCCAGCCCCGCCCCGGCUCCUGUUUUUCCCGGUGUAUGGCGGGAGAACUAG